AGUCGUGUUUCAGCGUUGAUCUAGUUCACUCAUAUGUGUGUAUACACAUUUUUGGUUCUCUCACCCGCUCGCUAUUCGUCUCUCAUUUUGCAACGAAACAUUUCAUACCGAUUAAUUUUCCUUUUUUUUUUGUCGCUCGAAACAAACAUCAACAACGGUGUGUGAAUCAGUGAACACUUUUAAAUUGCAGAUUAUUUUCGAAAACACAUUGAAAGAAAUAAAACUUAUACGAUAAACAGUACAAAUUCAAAUCUUGAAAGUAAAUCAUUCUAAAAUAAUAAAAACAAAUACCAAAGUGUAGUUUUAAUCGCAUUUCUAAAAAAAAUCAUAGCAAACGAAGUUUUAAAAGACACAAAACCAUUGAACUGAACUACCAAAAUUAUUGGAACAUGAUUUUUAAAUUCAAAGUGACCCAAAGAAAUUAAAAUUCAAAUCAAAACCACAUCGAAUACAUUUUUUUUCUGCCAUCUGAAUUUAGAAGCAAUGUUUAGUUUGUGAAUUAAAAGAAAGAUUUUUCGGUUUUGGUUUUUGAUGAACAUUUGAAACGGUCACUAAGAAGUGAAUUGCCGUUCCUGGGAUUCAAUCAGCCAACCACACACUCAUCCGAUAUUCUCAUUUGGCCCAAAGACAAACAAACCCUUCAAGAUGUCAAUGUCAGCUCUUAGUUUUUUACAAAAUGCUCAAACCACCGCACAAAGUUUGGCUGCGUUGCAAGCAAAUAUUUUGGCCAAUAUGAAGCAAGAAGAAUUGAAUCAAAAUUCACCGCUAUCGCCAUCAUCAUUGGUUGCGGCCACUUUGCCACCAGAGGCAACGAAUUUGUAUGCUGGUCUGUUCAGUGCAGCGACUGGAUCGCCAAUCAAUAUGCUAACACCGCAAAUGUUUGCGGCGAAUCAAACGGCCGCUCUAUUGGCCGCUCGCUUGAAUUCAUCAACAUCAAAUUUCUAUCCUCACUCACUGUUCCCAUGGCAAUUGCCUCCGAUGGGCAACUCUCCGCCAAUUUCGCCCAUCUCACCAGCGUUGAGUGUGAAAAGUGUCAAGAAAAUCAACAGCAACAAUAACAUCGUAACAACAACCAGCGAUGAAGCCAAUAAUUACGAGUUGAGUCUUAGCAAUUUGGGUGAAAAUGAUUCGAACACCAGCAAAAUGUCGGCGAAGAAAUCGAACAGUCGGAAAACGGUAAACUACAAGAGGAAGCGUAAUCAAAUGUUGUUUCAGCCAUACAGUGGUUUGGAAUCAUCACCAAAAACAGGUCGUGCAGUGAGCCCAGGUCCAAUUAGCCCACCCACCUCCGGUUCAUCGCCACAAUCGAUUGGCUCGGUUGAACAUCAGUCGCCAUCGUCAACGUCGAUUCGUACCACACCAAACAAAGAGCCAACUCGUGAUAAAUCGUUCACAUGCCAAACAUGCAACCGAUCAUUCGGCUACAAACACGUGCUGCAAAACCAUGAGCGCACCCACACCGGCGAAAAACCAUUUGCAUGCCCCGAGUGCGACAAACGAUUCACGCGGGACCAUCACUUGAAGACGCACAUGCGAUUGCACACCGGCGAAAAGCCAUACCACUGCAAAUUCUGUGACCGUCAAUUCGUACAAGUGGCCAAUUUGCGACGCCAUUUACGCGUUCACACCGGUGAAAAACCAUACGCCUGUGACAAAUGCAACUGCAAAUAUUCGGAUUCAAAUCAGCUAAAAACCCAUAUGAUCAUUCACAAAGAUGAAAAACCAUUCCGAUGUGAAACAUGUAGCGCCAGUUUCCGUCGCAGUCAUCAUUUGGUCAAUCAUAAAUGCUCAAAUGCACCGCUCACACCGGCCACAUCACCCAUCAUUUCGAUUGAAAAUAAAUCGGUGACAUCACGGUCUGAGGUUAGCGAACGUUCACUUGAUUUGAACAGUCCAAAUGUAGCGCUUCUCAAGCACUUUAAAUUGAAUCAGAGUCUAAGUGCGGUUCAUCAAACACAAACACUACAGCAGAUCUAUGAGAGUACAUUGUCAACGAUUAUCGAAAAUUCCGGCCAUGAAAUGCCACUUGAUUUGAGCGUCGAAUCAAAUUCGGAGAGUGGCGAAAAGCGAAACAGCCGCAAAUCGAAUGAUCCACGUCACAUUCCACGCAUAAACAAACAGGAAUCGAUUGAAGCGCCUGCUUCAGAACAAACCGAACCGGAAGAUCUCAGCAUGCAUUCACCACGAUCCGGAUCACCGUUGCUCAGCGAAGAAGAUCUCGAUGAUUUAGACGAUGCCGAAGCAUUGAAUCGCAAACAAAGCCUACAAAUGUCCAAAUGCUGAUAAUGUUUGACGGACUUUUGUGAGACAACUAACCAUGCAGCAUCGCAUCAUUCAGCGGCAAAGGUAACAUUAGCUCUGCAUUUCAUGUAGUGCUGGAAAGAAAACGGGCGAAAAAUUUACAAAUUUCGACUUUAGCUGUGUUUUAGACAAAAAAAAAUGUAUGUUAAAGGCACGGAAUGAUUCAAUAUCAAAUCAAAAUUUCGUCAUCAAAAUCGCAAAAAAUGAAUUUUGAAACGAAGUUUUUUAAAUGAAAGAUAGAAGCUAACAUUGAAUCAUUCCUUCCCUUUCCACCGAGAUAAAAGUGAAUCUUUUCAGUUCGAUUCGUUCGAUUAAGUUCGCUUUUUUCCUCUUUAGUUGAUAUUAUGAACUAAUUCAAUUGUUAAACUAUGUGUUUUUUUCUUUUAAAUUAUUUUUCCUUGUGUUUGUUAAUAUUGCUUUUGAAAAAGUGAUUUUUUUGUACAAUUAUUCAAUGGGAAUGAAGUGAGAACAAAAAUCCAUUCAAUUGGUUGUUCAAGCUAAAUUCACAUCUAAAAUCGAUGCGGUCGAUCGAUGUUGAUCCGAUCAAAUCGCACCAAAUCUGUGGUUCCAUCUGAGUACACCAAACAAUCAAAAAUUAUUAGUUUUUAUCCAAUUUUUUUGACGUAAAUUUUUAAUUUAAAGACUAUUUUUUUUAGUAAUUUAACAUAAUUUAAUUGAAUAUUAUUUCUGGUCAUUGUUUCUGUUGCUUUCCUUGAUUUCUCUCACACGAAGUAAAAAAAAAAAAACACUGAUGAUAACGAUCGGCUGUUGCUAAAUGACGGAAAACACAGACAAUUCUGACAGACAAAAUCAAUGUACUGAUCCAAAUAUCAGGGAAUAAUUUAUUAACAUUAAGCUAAUUUACUUUUAAGCACAUAUUUAUACCAGACAAAGUAUAACAAAUCAAUUGAAACGUAACUUUUAAUUAGACAAGCCAUACAUACACUCAUCUCGAUACCAAAUUAGAUAAUUAAUUUUCAAAUGAAUGUAAAUAUUUGCUCUUUAGUCGUUUAAAAGGAAAAGAAACCAUUGUAUUAAUGUCGAUAUGACAGGAAUGUGCAUGAUAACAAAUGAUUGAUGGAGUUCGUUGGUUAGGUAGACUGUUUUCUUUUAUUAUUAUUAUUAUUAUUAUUAUUAUUUAUAUCACACUUUUCAUUCGCCGCGUUGAUUUUAUUCGUCGUAUAGAAACUAAAUUAUAAUAUGUGAACCAAAUUUUUUUGAACAACAAAAAACAACAACACACAAAUCAGACAUAAAAACAUGAAAUAAACAUUGAAAUUGAUCCAAAAA